CCUAAAAAUUGGCGCAGAGGGCUUUCUUUGAAGUAUCUGUUUGAGUUCUGGAAUCUGAAGCCUUAAUCUGGCCAAGGACUUGCGCCACAGACAAAACACCGUCUUCCAGAGAGCCAGCCGUUCUGUCGAUUUCUUGAGAAGACACAGCGCGGCCCUUGUGAGUUCUGGUGUUCACACUUGCCUGGCUUUGUAGAGCCAAACCAAAGCCUCCUUACAAACCCACUGUCUCCAAAGUAUCUGGGAUGGAGAAGUGGGAGAACAGCGAAGGAACCUCUGCUUUCCAUUUGCCAGACUGGAUGAUCCAGUUUGCUGACCAAAAGCAAGAAUUCAACAAGCGCCCCACGAAGAUCGGCCGCCGUUCGCUAUCCCGUUCCAUUUCUCAGUCAUCGACGGACAGUUACAGCUCCGCUGCCUCCUACACCGACAGCUCUGAUGACGAGACCUCUCCCCGGGACAAGCAGCAGAAGAGCAGCAAAGGGGGCAGUGACUUCUGCGUGAAGAACAUCAAGCAGGCUGAGUUUGGGCGCAGGGAAAUCGAAAUUGCGGAACAAGAAAUGCCUGCGCUCAUGGCCUUGAGGAAACGUGCUCAGGGAGAGAAGCCAUUGGCCGGAGCCAAGAUCGUGGGUUGUACUCACAUCACGGCUCAAACUGCUGUUCUCAUGGAAACUCUCGGUGCCUUGGGGGCUCAGUGCCGGUGGGCCGCCUGCAACAUCUACUCCACCCUCAACGAAGUGGCAGCCGCCCUGGCUGAGAGCGGGUUCCCUGUCUUUGCCUGGAAGGGAGAAUCUGAGGAUGACUUCUGGUGGUGUAUCGAUCGCUGUGUCAAUGUCGAAGGGUGGCAGCCGAACAUGAUCCUGGAUGAUGGUGGGGAUCUCACACACUGGAUCUAUAAGAAGUACCCAAACAUGUUCAAGAAAAUCAAGGGCAUUGUAGAAGAGAGUGUAACCGGGGUUCAUAGGUUGUAUCAACUCUCAAAGGCUGGCAAGCUUUGCGUCCCAGCAAUGAACGUCAACGAUUCGGUCACCAAGCAGAAGUUCGACAACUUGUACUGCUGCCGAGAAUCUAUUCUGGACGGUCUUAAAAGGACAACUGACAUGAUGUUUGGAGGAAAGCAAGUGGUUGUCUGUGGCUACGGAGAGGUCGGGAAAGGAUGCUGUGCUGCUCUGAAGGCCAUGGGCUCCAUUGUGUAUGUGACCGAGAUCGAUCCCAUUUGUGCUCUACAAGCCUGCAUGGACGGCUUCCGUCUUGUGAAACUGAACGAAGUGAUUCGGCAAGUCGACAUCGUCAUCACCUGCACAGGCAACAAAAAUGUAGUGACUAGAGAACAUCUUGAUAGGAUGAAGAACAGUUGUAUUGUUUGUAACAUGGGACAUUCCAACACAGAAAUAGAUGUGGCCAGCUUGCGGACCCCAGAGCUGACCUGGGAACGGGUGAGGUCUCAGGUUGACCACGUCAUUUGGCCGGACGGGAAGAGAAUUGUCUUGCUGGCUGAAGGACGCCUCUUGAAUCUCAGCUGUUCCACAGUGCCAACCUUCGUGCUCUCCAUCACAGCCACUACCCAGGCGCUGGCCUUGAUCGAGCUCUACAACGCCCCCGAGGGCCGUUACAAGCAGGACGUGUACCUGCUGCCGAAGAAAAUGGAUGAAUACGUGGCAAGUCUUCACCUCCCCACCUUUGAUGCGCACCUGACGGAACUGACCGAUGAGCAAGCAAAAUACUUGGGGCUAAACAAAAACGGGCCUUUUAAACCAAACUAUUACAGGUACUUCCCUUUUACCAACGUUUGAUUUUUUGAAAACGUCCAGACGCACA